CUUUCUUCCCUGCAAUUCUGUGCGAGCAUUCAAGAUUGAGGGAGAAAACGUGAGGGAGAGAGCAUGUGUGUGUGUCUGUGUGAGAGCAUGAGUGAGCGACAGCAAGAGGAAAAGAGAGAGUGAGGGAGAGAGAGCGCGAGCGCUUGAGCCUGGCAUUUCUUCCCUGUGCCUUUCAGCUCCUCUCCCCCUGAAGAAGGAGGCGUGUCCAUUGGCCAGCAGUAUAAAUUCCAAGAAGAGCCACUCGUGUAGAGCCAUUCUCAGGAGCAACCCAUUGCACUGCACCCCAUAUGGAAGAGGAAAUUGCUACUCAACUUGAAAAACUUGACGCCCCUUCCCUACACCUGGACAUUGGCAAACCACAGACGUUUCUCUUUGCACUAUAAAAGGCUUCAUGGGCUCUGUGUGAAUUCUUCUUGAAGGGACAAAGACUCACCUAAAUAGACCAGUGGACAUUUGUUCUUACUUCCCAACAAAUAACCACUUUGUGCGACUCAAAGACUUAAAGACUUUCGUCGCAUGGGAGAGCAAGGACUAGAUAUUUAACAUUCUUUGAUCUACCUGCAUUCUUUUUCCAACCUCCCAAACAUCCUAGGGCUAGGAAAUCAAGCCUAAAAAAAAAGGCGAGGUAAAACAGCGGGGACAUUGUGUUCCAACUCCUGCCAAAACCCCUGCCACCCGAAACACCAACCAGCGGGCAGCAUCAAAGACCAAACCCUCCAACCGCCUCCCUCCCAUUCCUUACCCUCCAAAACUAAAGCAGAGACCAAACAGUUGUGGGUGAGAGAGCAGAGAAACAGAAGGAAUACUAACAAACAAACUGCAGGAAGUGCAAGAGAAAUCAAGGGCAAAGAUUUGAGAUUACGCCUUCGGGACUGCCAUGGUGCGAGGUGGCGGUGCGGCUAUAGCGCCGCCCUGCUGGGGCCUGUGGGCGGUGGGCGCCCUUUCGCUGGCGACCCUGUGUCUGACAGAGGAGGCCAUCCGCUGCCCUGUGUGCUCCGAGGAGCGGCUGGCCAGCUGCCAGUUGCCUGAUGGCAGCUGCGAAGAGACGGUGAGGGAGGCGGGCUGCGGCUGCUGCCCCACCUGCGCCCUGGCCAAGGGGGUGCACUGCGGCGUCUACUCACCCCGCUGUGGCACGGGGCUCCGCUGCUACCCGCCGCGGAACGUGGAGAGGCCCCUCCACUCGCUCAUGCAUGGCCAGGGAGUGUGCACCGACGAGAGGGAUGUGGAAGAGAACUCAGCGAUGGACAGGCACGAUGAGACCAUCCCUGAGCACCCCAACAACAGCAACAUCCGCUGCAGUCCCCAGGACAAGCGCUGCAUCCAGAAGACCCUGGCCCGCCACCCCGCCAAAUCCACCAAUCAGAGAAGCAACAACGCCAGGGAGGACCCAAAGGCUGCCCUGGCUUCAUGUCGUGCUGAGCUGCAGAGAGCGCUGGACCGACUGGUGUCCAACACUCGCACCCAUGAGGAUCUCUACAGUAUCCCCAUACCCAACUGUGACAAGAACGGAGACUUCCAUGCCAAGCAGUGCCAGCCAGCACGUGACGGGCAGCGAGGAAAGUGCUGGUGUGUAGACCAGAAGACGGGCAUGAGGCUGCCAGGGCCCCUGGAGCUGCGGGGGGAACUGGACUGCCACCAGCUAAUGACUGCAACCAUGAGAGAGUGAGGAGGAGACCGGCGGGGCCCCUGGGGGGCCAGGGCUAGGGCUUAGGGCCAGCCAAAUUCUACUGGUGCUGUUUAGUUACAACUAUGGAAGGAAAGGACUUAACCCUAAAGCCUCACUUCACGUGAGGCUAACGGUACUUGCUUGAUAUGAAAAAGAUAAAAGGAAACCAUAGAAUUUAGCGAUUUUACUAUUGUUUGUUUUCGUGUGUGAGCGUAUGUCUGUAUGCAUCUUUUUGAGCACAUGUGUGUAUUUUACGUUUCUGUGAAGUCAGGCAGAUGCUCUUUCUUUAAAUAACAGGUGGCAAACAACAGACCCCCGAAUAAAAGUGUUGUAAACAUUCUUCUCAAAACAGGACAACAUUGGUUUAGUGUAGUCUAGUUGAACUCUGAUUUCCAUCUCUUAGCCUCUUUGAAACAAAAAACAGAAAAUCUUUACGCAUGAGUUAAGUGUCCUAACAUGACUCACCAUCGACCAUUCAGCAGCAGCUGUGGAAAAUAAUGACUAUUGGGAGUGUGUAUGAGAGAGAGAGAGAGAGAGAGAGAGAGAGAGAGAGAGAGAAUUACCAAUUGAUGAUAAGCCGCAGCUUUUCACAACACUUGGAGACAUGAAGUGAAAAGAGAGAUUACUUUUGAAAGAAUAAACUGUACCUCUGAGAGGAGCCCAGAAUAGAUGUGCUUUACCGCUACCCCCCCCCCCCCCCCCCCCCCCCCCCCCCUUUGUUCCCUCCUCUCUGUUUCCCCCCUUCUCUUUGACUGGGAGCUCUCUCUCUCUCUCUGGCUUAUUUGUCCAGGGGGACUGGCAUCAUAGCUGGGCUCGGGACUCUGUACACCGCUGAUAGGAUAAUCUUGUUUCUCCAGCUGGGGCUGAAGUACUAAGACGCCAGUGCUGCUGCUCUCAUGUUUGUAUGAAUAUGCUUCUAUAUACAGGAUUUCUUUCUAACCAAGAGACUGCUUGUUGGCAGUAUUGUGUCAUUUAUAGUGGCGCUAUACACUCAUUGUGCCCAAAAAAAACAAAAAAAAAGGUUUUCUUCUCCUGUGCUUUUUGGGGGAUUGUUUUUAGAAGGAGACAGAGAUACAAACUCCCAGAUGAGGGGGGCGAUCUUAGAAUAGCCUAGAUGUGUGACUGACCACAAAUACUGUCUAGUUGUCACACAAAUAUCUCCAAGUUUUUAUACUGCAUUGAUGAAAUAAAACAUACAACUAAAUACACAGAUAUCAGUGGGAGCAUUACUAUAGUUAACCCGCCUGACUGUUUCAUGGGCUAAUGUAGUGCGACUUUGCAUGAUUGUAGCACGUGUGGCUCGUGACAACUUCUCGCGGCUAUAGAAGGGAAGAGGACUUUAUGACUGCAAUGAUGAAGAAAAAAAAAACCGCUCUAGACAGCCUCUGUAAUGGCUAGCUGGCUGAAACGUUCGGAGAAACGCCAGACGUCUAUAUAAUAGCAUUGGAAUCCUCACAGAGAGAUUGCAUCCUGCUUAUACAUGGACACCCUCCAGUAUAAGUGAACACCCUUGACUUGUACUCUGGCAGAGCCAGUUAUCAGGUUUCGACGUCAUCGAUGAAGCAGUAUACAAGCCAAGGAAUCAUUGAUUUGUAUUAUUAUGUGGACAAACUCCCUAGUGCGUCAUACUCCUACAUACCUUCCGCAUACACUACAUGGACACGACUGUUAACAUCCCUACAGCGAUUUGAUUGUACUGUAUUGCAAACGGGUGGAAAAGAUCGGUGAUGGGUUCCCUCAGGCUAUGAUCUAUGUUGUGAUUGGUUGAUUGACCGACUCAGGCUUGACCUGUGGACCACAGGGAGUGUAGGAGAGAAGACGACCCUUGAACACAGGACAGUCUGACCAGUGAGUUCAGCGAGGUCGGUCGUUUGUCAUUUCUAGAAAUGGAUAGUGCACUUAAUCCCCCUGAGAGAGUUGGGUUACUAAUUGACUCCAGGUAGGAUUCAUCUCGCCGGGACAUUCAUUAUUGGUGUUAACAGUACACUGGCACAGUUAGCUUCCUGUAGAGCGAGGCGAGGGGACAGGGCCGAGAGGGUAAACCAGACGGACGUGGGCAGCAGUUGUCCUGCUUCCUCUUUCAAGAACUGAAAGAAGAGUGCAGGACAGGUUGUCCAAAAAUGGACCUACAAAUGAUAGGCAGCUCUUUUUGUCAGCAGAGAUGUGAGUAGAUGGACUAGAGGGAGAGGGAGCAGAGACGGUGUGAGUGACAGAGAGCUCGGGAGUUCCAGCUACAUUUGUGUCGCAACUGAUUUGCUCUCACAAAGCCACAUUGUGUCCGUAAGGCACACAGCUUUUACCAUUCACUCUCUCUCUCUCUCACAUACCCCUCUGGUUUGACAGAGGAGCCUAGAAGUCAUUCAAGGGCUUUCCUCUGGCUGUUAUCCAGAGCAGCAGAGCACAUACUGUAGCAAGUCCAACUAAGCCCAACAUAGCAAUGCCCUUCAACACGGUUGUGCUGGCUGUGAUUGCUGCCAUGGGGUAGUACAUCCUGGGACAGAAACAUCUAAUUUCAUUAGGCAACAUUGAACAUUCACACCUCCCUGCCUGGGGACAAAGUAGAUAGAAAACCCGCUGUGCUACAUUACCAUUCAGAAUCACAAUAUCAAAGACAUUUGGGUCGAUGUGUGACAUGACCUGACAUGAGCCGGGCCAAAGAUAAUUAUUGUGGACUUAGCCAACUGUACUGUAUCUGUAACUUGCUUCCUUGUAAAAAAAUAAAAAUAAUUUUAAAAAACUGCCAAAGUUAUCCAAAGGGUCUAUGGGGAUAUUGCAUGGUAAUAGUGUUGUAGUUUACUUAGCAGUCCCUCAGUCAAUGACUUAUCUUCUGAACUAAUUACUAACCUGUAGACAUUUACUUAGCCUACAUUUGACCAAAACUUUGACCGACAAACAAACAUCCCCAGUGGGCUGGUUGAACCGACGCCCAGUUUUGCCUGCUUUCUGGGUCAUUAACCUUGAAACUGAGCCUCUUGAUGAUCACUAAUAGUUCAUAUUAGCUUUUUCUCAAUUGACAAGUCCCUAAAACAUAUUUUUGGCCCUCUGAGGCUAUUCAGUGAAACAGGAUGCUCUUACUUUCUACCACAUUCCACCAUGGCAUCCACUAUUCCCCUAGAUUACCUAAGAGCAGAGUUCCACCUCAGCAGCCCCCAAAUGAAAAGCCCAUAUUCCAAAAAUUUCCAAAAUGUUCAUUGUAAAAAAAAUCCUUGUUCUAAACCAUAAAUCACACACAACUUCAACAAAGCGACUGAUGUCAUUCCCAACUAGAAAGACAUAGGAAAUGGUAUUAAGGAAGGAGGAUAUACUGUAGCUGAUAAGUUUAUUGUAUUUCAAAACACAAUGAAGUAACAUGAACAAUGAAAGGCUUCUCCAAAGAAGUUACAAGGAAGAGUAAUUUGAGGCGUGAAACCCCAAAAACUAUAGGAGUGCUUUGUGUACAUUAAAUGUUGAUAUCCCUUGUCAUGUACUGAAUGAAAAAACACCAUACAUAAGUCUAAGGCCUUAUCUUUACAAGUAGGCUGUCAUUGUAAAUACAAAUUUGUUCUUUACUGACUUGCCUGGUUAUAUAAAAAGUAAAACAAAGUAAUAUCCUAGAACAUUCCAUUUCUGUGCUACUGUAGAUAUUAUCUCUAGGUAAAGUAGUGCUAUGUUACAAGUCAAUGGUCCUGGUUUUCCUUUUGGAUCCAAGACCUUCAGUGUUUAAUUUACAUUCAACUGUGUAUACCUACACGAUAUUACUUGAUCUCUAACUUUUGCUCUACUGUAUUUUGUAUUUCUGAGGGAUAUUCCUGUUUGCCUUGGACUUUACCUGUUAAUUCUACUGUAAAAAGAUUCAAGGUAACUUUUGCAUGUGUAGCCUAACUAUAUACUGGGUUUAAACAUGGCGAGAUCUUGUAUGUGUGGUCCAGAACAGGGCCAUGCUUUAGCAAUAUUGAAGAAAACACAGCAAGAAUGUAUGCUUGUUACAGAAUAAUGAUUUGGUUACCUUAGAAAUGUUUACUCUAUGAGAGAAUUGUAUACAUUGUAUUAGAUCGAAAUGAAAUCAUAAACGUGUAGCAUCUGA